CCUCCCCUGCGGGCCCGGGGCCCGGGCGCAGCGUGGGAAAGGGAUGGUUGAGUUUUAACCCGGGACGGACGGAGCGCGGGAGCAGUGCGUGCGGAUCGCGAGCAGCCGAGCGCGGAGAGGCGCCGCCGCCGUGAACUCCUCCCCGCCCGCCCCCCUCCCCCCGGAGAGCCAGCAUGAAGCGAGCCCACCCCGACUCCAGCUCCUCGGAUAGCGAGCUGGACGAGACCAUCGAGGUGGAGAAGGAGAGCGCCGAUGAGAAUGGAAACUUGAGUUCGGCCCUAGGUUCCAUGUCCCCAACCACAUCUUCACAGAUCUUGGCCAGAAAAAGACGGAGAGGUAUCAUUGAGAAGCGCCGACGAGACCGGAUCAAUAACAGUUUGUCUGAGCUGAGGCGGCUGGUACCCAGUGCUUUUGAGAAGCAGGGGUCCGCUAAACUCGAAAAGGCAGAAAUCCUGCAGAUGACUGUGGAUCACCUGAAGAUGUUGCACACCGCAGGAGGGAAAGGUUACUUUGACGCCCACGCGCUGGCGAUGGACUACCGGAGUUUGGGGUUUCGGGAGUGCCUGGCGGAAGUGGCCCGUUACCUGAGCAUCAUCGAAGGACUGGACGCCUCCGACCCGCUGCGCGUUCGGCUGGUCUCGCACCUGAACAACUACGCCUCCCAGCGGGAAGCCGCGAGCGGCGCCCACGCGGGCCUCGGACACAUCCCCUGGGGGAGCGCCUUCGGACACCCCCCGCACGUCGCGCACCCGCUCCUGCUAGCGCAGAACGGCCACGGGAACAGUGGCACAGCCGCGUCGCCCACGGAACCGCACCCCCAGGCCAGGUUGGCCUCGGCCCAUCCGGAGCCGCCCGCUCUGCGCGCGCCCCCUAGCGGCGGCCUUGGACCGGUGCUGCCGGUGGUCACCUCCGCCUCCAAACUCUCGCCGCCCCUCCUGUCCUCCCUCUCGGCCUUCCCCUUCUCUUUCGGCUCCUUCCACUUGCUCUCUCCCAAUGCACUGAGCCCUUCGGCACCCACGCAGGCAGCAAACCUCGGCAAGCCCUAUAGACCUUGGGGGACCGAGAUUGGCGCUUUUUAAAGGACUGAUGCUGUAGGAUGAGGGAGGGAAGCGUAAAAAGCCCAGCUGAGCUGGGCUCUGACCAACAUCCCCUUCACGUCGUCAGUUACAGUCCGAAAGGUACACUCGCAGAGCAAUCUUGUUUCCAGACUGAAGGUUUGUUGGUUUACUGAUUCUGGGUUUUUUUUUUUUUUAAGUUUUUCUUUUUAUCACGCCGUGUAUUAGCAGUUUUUCAAAAGUAGUCGUUCGGUCUUGUUCCAAACGUUGAAUUUGAAAUAGUGAGUAUAAACCAAUACUUGGUGUUAGGUUUGUACUGUGCCUGAUUUGCUGUGUGAACCCGUCGAAGAAUGAUUUCCGUUUUUGUUUUUGUUUUGUUUUGUUUUUUUGCCUCGGCGUUUUGGGAAUUCCAACAUUUAGUGUUUCGGGUCUGUUUUCCUUCUUGUGUAGUUACAAUUGGUUUUGUUAGAGUUAUUUUUCCGAACCACUAUGCUCGAUGUUAACAUGAUGCUAUUUGUUAAUAUUUUGAUAAUUAAGGUGUUGUAUAAUAUUCUUUCGGGGGGUGGAGUACUAUAUUGAAUUUUAUAUUUCUGAGCAAAGCGUUGACAAAUCAGAUGAUCAGCUUUAUCCAAGAAAGAAGACUAACUAUCUGCCUCCUGUAGUAGUGCUGGCCCUGUACAGGCCAUGAGAGGCCCCGAGUCCAUAGGACCCCAACUGCUGACUUCUGCCACCAUUUGCAGUUCCGGCUUCGGGGAGCGUCCCUUGUAAAUGAGGUCCCUGUUCAGAGCUGGCGGGGAUGAGACCUGAGGCAAUUACCUAUAGAUGAUACCUGCCAACACAAACGAUGCAGUCCAUUUUUAAUCUCACCGAUCUCAAAUUCUCCAGGUUUAGGGCCAGAGAGAGAAUACAGGGGUUGAGACGUCUGACUUGCGCGUGCCAGGUCCUGGCUCUGUCCCUGGACUGCACAUAGUCCCCUGGAUCUCGCUAGGUGUGGUCCCAAGUACCACUCCCCUCCCCCACACAAACGCAAACUCAAAAUCACAAUUUUUUACCCAUGGGUAAGUGAUCACGGAGUGCAAACGGUCAAUCCAGUAGUCCGGUGGAACCUGUUAAAUAUAUGAGCAAAAUUUUCCUGGAACUGCCGUAUUUUCUUUCAACUGGAAUUUUUUAUGUUGUGUUUUCUUUUGUGGUGCAUGGAAAAUGUGAUUGUUAGGAUUUUUAAGAGGGCUUUGCUGCCUUCUUUUUUUGGUUGAUUGAAUUUGAUUGGGGCUAUAAAUCAUUAUUUUACAGGUUUAUUCCUUUAGCCGGGGUAGUUUAAAUGACCUCCACUGAGCUGGGUUUGACCUCUCUUGUACUGAUGUGUUGGACUAAAUAAAAAAAAAAAAAGCAAGAGCAGAGGA